AUGUCACAUGCCUCACCACUUCUCUUCCUCCUAGCUUCUUCUCUCUUCUUCACCUCCUAUGGCAACGACACUGAUUCAUUCGCCACAAACUGCCCUUGGCACUUCUGUGGCGGCGUUAACAUUAGCUACCCAUUUUGGCUAAAAGACACCACUACCUUGAAUCACAGCUGCGGUUACCGGGGACUCGGCCUUAACUGCUCGAGCCCCGACGAGCUCAUCCUCAACCUCCCCAACAAUGAAGCUUACUUCGUUAGAAGUAUAAAUUAUGACGAGAACACCCUCACCCUCGUCGACAUGGAUGUUACAACUAACUUGACAUGCCCAAGGGCACGUCAAAACAUUACUCUAGACACUAGUACUGUUCCAUUGUUUCACUCCCAAUUAGAUUUGAACAUCAGUUUCUACUUUCAUUGCAGUGAUUACCCUACAAGUAAUGUUUCUCCUAUAGGGUGCUUGGGAUCGGGUGUGAAUGAGUCCUAUGUUUUUGUGGAUGGGACAGAACCGGACGGUGUUGAUUGGUACCAUUACUGUGAGGAGAAAGUGAUGACAAAGGUGUUGGAGGCGGAGAUCAACAACGGAUCUGAUUUGAUCAAUAGGUUUGGUGGUGCCAUGAACGACGGGUUUGUGCUCGAUUGGGUGACGGUGACCGAGUGCGUCGCGUGCGAGGCGUCGCAUGGGCGCUGUGGCUACAACAACCUGACUAGAGAGUUGUUGUGCUUUUGUUCGGAUGGCACCACAAACACACAACACUGCAAAAAAGGUAAGCUGAGCACCACUUGUUUCGCCGCCGCUAGACCCAUCAAAGCCGUUAGCCGUCGGCGGGAGCAGGAACAUCAAAUGGGGAAGGAAGCUUUGACCAGUUAUACUUCUAACAUUACGACAACAAAGCGCGAGAUUCUCAGCCCAUUUUCGCCGCCGUCAGGGCGUUGA